UAUACAGGAAUAUACAAUUAUUUGUUAUAGAGGCAUCAGUAUUGAAAACAAAAUGUAUGCACCACUUCGUAAUGUAAACAGCGGGAAUUUUUCUCUUGAGGAAUUGAAUAAUUUGGAAGUAAAGGAGUUGAUACCAGCAAUUAUGUACAUAAUUGUAUUGAUGAUUUGCGGAGUUAUAGGAAACUCGCUGGUUCUUUACAUCUAUUAUUUCAGGUUUAAACCUAGCAAUCAUCGAUACUUUAUACUAACAUUGGGAGUAUGCGACUUCAUAACGUCUGCAGUAUGUAUGCCGUUUUUAAUUGCGGACGCGUUACAUCCGUUUAUGUUCACAAGCAUAAUCACGUGCAAAAUUUUCCGUUACAUCACAUACAACACAGCUCUCAUCUCAAUCUUCACUUUAUUUGUGAUAGCCGUUGAAAGAUACAGGAAAAUAUGCAAACCGCUGCACAAUCAAAUAACACUACCAUUUGCACGGCGCAUUCUUGUUGGAAUAGUCUUUCUGACGAGCACUGUAUUUGCUCUACCAUCUUUCAUCUUAUAUGGUCACACUUCGGUAUCUACAGGAUAUGGCAAUACUUCUGGAGUUGCUUGUUUCACCGAUGACAAAUUUUGCGACACUCGUAUUCCAAUGGUAUAUAAUUCCAUUUUAUUUGUAAUUGUCUUCAUACUUGGAACUGUUAUGGUGUUUUGUUACACCAAAAUCGCUCAUCAGAGGCAUAUAAGAGCCAAAUUUAGCAAGGCACGUAAAAGAUAUGUAUUUAUUGAAAGCAGUGGUAAUUUUAUAAGUGAACAAUCGGAUAAUUGCGUACACACUUCAGCUAUAAAUGGGUUAAAAGAAGAGUUGCGGGAAACAUUUAAUGACCGAUCAACGCAAACAAACGAUUCUGUUUUCUUUGCGUCAAGUUCUUUAAAUAAGCAGAGCAACCAAUUUAAUGAAUAUUUUCCUGGUGAAAAUAAUAAAUCUUCAGAUGGAAAUGAUCGAACUCACUUUGAAAUAAGUGAAACAAUUAAAUAUGAACUUUACCAGCAUAGCACGGAUUAUAGCAGGAAAAAACUAGAAGGAAACGAGAAAAUCCAUCAAUGUUGUGAUAUUUGCCCUAAUUGUGUUAAGGAUACACAAAACGAAUUCAAGUUUCAAAAUGUUGUUUCACAUUAUGAUAUAAUUGACAACCCUGAAGCUCUAGAUAAGGGAAAAACAACAGACGCAACAAUGAAUUUCCGGGUCUCAUCGCUAACUACAGUUAGUUACUGUGACAGUCCAUCUCCGGCAUUUAAUGAAACGGAUUAUCUAAAGCAAACAAAACGUAGAAUGUUUCAAUGUAGGAGACACAGCAUGCCUGACAUUUUAGUGAAACAUUAUUGUGAUUAUAUCUUUGACGGUAAAGAAAAUUCAUUAUCAUGUAUUACACUUGAUCUAAAUAUGGUAACGCUUGAUCAGAAAAGGCUAGGGCACUCGUCAAAAAUAACAAUAGAACAUAUGUCAACAUUUACACAUGCAGAAAAAUCAUGCAAAGAUGUUGACCUCAAUCUAUCUGAAUUCACACAAAAUACUUACAAAUCUAAAGUACCUGAAGCCAAAAUGAAAUGUCAAAAUAGAAAUGGCGUAAACAAAACCUGCCAUUGCUAUAAAGAUGAACAACUUGGAAAUAAAACAAACCAGCGCAAUAGAAAAGUUUUUAUUAGACGCAAUAAAACAAAGUCUGCAAAGUUUGCCAAACUUCGAGAUAACACCCUGAUAAACGUCACGAAAAUGUUAUUUUACAUCACUCUUGUUUAUUUCAUCAGUUUUAUACCCCAUCUGGUGUUGAUGAUUACAUUAAUGUUGGAUGAUCAGUUCCUAUCAUCGCUAAAUCACGUUGAAGUACAAAUAUUCUAUAUUGCCCUGCGGUCAUUUAUCAUCAACGCCGUUGCUAAUCCGUUCAUAUACAAUUUUAUGGACAAACAAUUUAAGAAAGAGUGUAGACAACUUUGCAAUCGGAAGAAAGUUGCAAAAUGA